UAAAUAAAUAAAAUUCCUAACACAUUAACCCCGACACGCACAGUGGGAGAGUGGGGCAAAAAACAUCUAGAGAAAGUCGUUUUGGCGAUUGAAAGACCCGUAUAUCAUCGAGGAGCAGGACGGUCGAUUUCGAGGGGAAGACUACCUCCUCCACUCGAGACUCCGCAAACCCAAACCCUUGUCAAAUUCAUACUCUAUUUAGCGUCGACUUGUUCGAUCUCAGGUGUUGCAGUAUUCCUCUUUGGAGUUGAAUCAAUGGAUCUUUAUUGGGCUUAACUCAUAAUUUGUGGUAUUUGAUGCAAAUAGUGGGAUUGUUUCUUUCACAAAAAUCGUUUUGAAGACCAGAGAAUUGUAGUGUUGGCAAUCAACUAAAUAGAGUAACUGUCGAAGACUUCGUUGUCUGUUUGGUAACCCAUUGGAGUUGUGAUAUGGCUGAGAAAGCUUGUGUAAAGCGCCUUCAGAAGGAAUAUAGGGCACUUUGUAAAGAACCUGUUUCGCAUGUUGUAGCCCGUCCUUCCCCAAAUGAUAUCCUUGAGUGGCAUUAUGUAUUGGAGGGAAGUGAUGGAACACCUUUUGCAGGUGGAUAUUAUUACGGGAAAAUCAAGUUUCCCCCAGAGUAUCCAUUUAAACCUCCAGGAAUCAGCAUGACCACUCCUAAUGGACGGUUUAUGACCCAAAAAAAGAUUUGCCUGUCUAUGAGUGAUUUUCAUCCAGAGAGUUGGAAUCCAAUGUGGUCUGUGUCAAGCAUACUUACUGGGCUUCUCUCGUUCAUGAUGGACAGCAGUCCUACCACUGGCAGUGUUACAACUACUGUUGCUGAGAAGCAACGGUUAGCUAAGACUUCUCUCGCUUUCAAUUGUAAGAACUCAACAUUUAGGAAAAUGUUCCCAGAGUAUGUGGAGAAGUACGAGCAGCGUUCUGUGCAGUCCGUGCCUGAACAACUGUCACCAGUGCCAAGUCGACAAGAAAUUUCCAAACCCCUGUUGGAGAAAGUUGGUAAUUCUAUGCAAGAGGACCCGAACAGAGUAGAGGCUCCUAAGGAUAUGAAGAACGGCAAGAGGCAAUCUUUUCCACCAUGGAUGCUGCUGUUGCUGGUUUCCAUCUUUGGUCUUGUAAUGGCCUUGCCUCUGCUUCAACUUUGAUUUCUGGACCACAUGUAGGUAAAGUAUUACUAGGGUUACCGGACAUACAGGCCUUUGCAACCUCAAUCGGCUUCUCUUCAAAUGCUCAAUAUCUUAGGUUUGUCAUGUAUCUAACACUUGUAUAGGUGAGUGGUGCUAAUGUGGUUCUCCUUUAAUUAUACUGUUGACAUUUUGUUUUGUCAACCUUUAAAAACAUUGCAUGCUUGUGAUUUGUGUCUUUUUUGUUUUUUGAUUCAGAGGUUCUUGUUUCCCUUA